AUGGUGAAACGACCCGCAGCGCUCUCCGACUCUGAGUCCGAGGGCGACCAGGCAUCCAAACGCGCGCGAACCACGGAUCUCAGCGACGACGAGGACUAUGAAAAUGGUACUCAAGGGCGAUCUACCCAACGCAAAGGAAAAGGCAAAGCAAGGGCCCAAGAUGACAAUGAAGGCGAAGGCAAUCAACAAGGACCUCGCGCAGCCGCCGUCGACGCGGACCAGGAGGAGAUAGACGCUCAUUUUGAGCGCGAAAACGCUGAAAAGCUGUUCCAGAUCAUCAUACGCUCAGAGGGCACUUCACAGAAGGGCAUCUCUGAGUACGGUAUCAUCGAGGCUGUCCAUAUGGUCGACUUUAUGUGUCACGAGAAGUUGAGCUUCGAGUUUGGCCCUCAAAUUAAUUUCAUUAUUGGGCACAACGGAAGUGGAAAGAGUGCUGUUCUGACUGCGUUGGUUAUCGCGCUGGGCGGUAAAACCGCCGCGACUGGUCGAGGGACUGGUCUAAAGACUUUUAUUCGGGAAGGUCGUCCGUGGGCGGAAGUCACGGUCAAGAUCAAGAACCAAGGCUCCGACGCAUACAAACACGAUCAAUACGGCAAUUCUAUCAUCAUCACCCGUAGAUUCACCAAAGAUGGCUCAGCGACCUGGAAAAUCAUGAGCGAACAUGGAAAGGUCAUCAGUAAUAAGAAGGAUGAGCUCUCCAAGAUCUGCGACCAUAUGAACAUCCAGGUGGACAACCCAAUGAACGUUCUUACUCAAGGUACCGUCCCCAAUUCUUCCCGCCAGUUCCUCAGCUCGUCGUCCAGCGGCGACAAAUACAUGUUCUUCCUCCGAGGGACGCAGCUAUUCCAACUCGCCGAGGACUAUGACGAAUGUCUGGAAAACAUCAGCAAGACCUACAAACUCCUCCAAGAAAAACUCAAAGCGAUCCCCGACUUGAAGGCCAAGUUCGAGCAAUCCAAGAGGAAGUAUCAAGAGGCCGAGAAAGCACGAGAACACAAGCAAAGGCUGGAAGAUCUCAAAAAGGAGUUGGCGUGGUCUCAUGUCGCCGGAAAGGGCAAGGAGCUGACGGAGAAGAAGAUGGAAAUCGCGAGACUGAAGAGCAAGAUCCCCAAAAUCCAAGAGAAGCUAACUGAAGCGGAGACGGAGCAUUCAGAAUGGGAGGCCCGAAUCAAAGAACUUGAAGCCGAGGUCGACGCGCUCGGCGACCAGGACCUUCUCGCAGGACGCAAGGCCAACCUCACGCAAGAGAUCAAACAAAACUCCAGCAAGUUGCUGGGCUAUUCCAAGGACAUGAAGAGGAUGGACGAAGAGAUUAAGACCCUCAACCGGAAGAUCUCUGAGAACCAAGCGAAGCUCGAGGAGGAGAACGCCAAGUUACUUGCCAACACCCAAGCCCAGCGCGACGCUCUCGACGCUGAGAUCCAGUCGGUUCAAGAAGAUAUCGCCAAGUACGAACGACAGCUCGAGGAGAUCACUCAGGAGAAGCGCGACCUUGACACCAAAAAGCGAGAAUGCCAGCAAAAGGGACAUGAUCUCGAGAAGGAGAAAAGGGAGCUGCAAAAUGCGAUCAUGAGCUGCGACAAUUUGAUCAGGGAUGCUCAACGCAUGGCGGCGGACAAGUACGUCCCAUAUGGUCACAACAUCAAGGAUAUCUGCCAAAGGAUCCAGGGGAUGAACUGGUACGGCGACGUCCCUCUCGGUCCUCUGGGCUUGUACGUUCGGGCCAAGGACCCCGCGAGGUGGGGGAAGCUGUUGCGUAUCCAGCUCGGCGGGUUCCUCAUGUCGUUCGUUAUCACGGAUGCUCGGGAUCGUCCUCAGCUCAGCAAGUUGCUGAAGGACUAUAACAACCACAACCAGAUCAUCAUUUCGCAGAAGGAUAUUUUCGACUACAGUUCUGGCGAGCCGGACCAGAAGUAUCUCACUGUCCUCCGCGCGCUCGAGAUCUCUGAGCCAUUCGUCACGCGUGUCCUGAUCAAUCAGGCGGCGAUCGAGCGAGUCGUGUUGAACCCCGAGCGUAAAGCCCUCGAAAACCAAUUAUUGGAGAUUGGAGGGCAGCAAUCGGGUUGGUCGGCCGACCUCUUCACCGUCCGUACUUAUGGACAAGACGGUAUUGUCACCAAUCCAAUCCAAGACAGACGGUCCAAUUCGCUUCUUCUGACCGGUCGUGAUAACGCUUCCGAGAUUCGUCAUCAUGAAGACGAGAGGCGACGACUCGAAGAGAAGCUCAGGGCAAAAGACCAGGAAAUGCUAGGGUACAAAAAUCAGUUUGGUCAGGCGAUGAAGAGUCUCCAAGAGCUCAAUAAAUCUGAAACGAAAAUCAAGGACUUGCGCGUCCGGGCUCAGAACAAGCUUGCCAGUCUUCAAAGCGAAAUUUCUACCGACUUUCCGUCCAUUAUCCAUCACUUGAAAGCUACGAUUGAGGAAGCUGAAUCGGAGAAGGCGACGUUGAAGCAAAACUUUGAGGAGGUGAUGAAGAAUAAGGCAGAGGUUGACGAGCAGCAGCAAGGGCUCCAAACUCAGAUGAACGAGGUCAAGCAAAAGUUGGAGGAGUAUGCGGCGAAGAAAGCGGAGUAUGGGGAGAAAAUCUCGUUGGCUGCUAUCGAACGUGUGAAGAAGCAGCAGGCUGCCAAGCAUUACGGUAAAAAACUUGAAGAGGCCAAGGAAGAGGUUAGACAGGCGGAGGAGCAGGGCGAUGUUCUUGAACAGGAGUACCAGAAUUGGACCGAGGCGGCGCUGAAGUUUUGUGAAGAGUGGCCGGAACCUAGGUCGACCGAGGAGGUUCAGAGGAAUAUCGAUUCGACGAAGGCUGCUCUGCAGGAGCGUGAGAAGAGACAAGGAGCCUCGAUCGACGAACUCGCUGCGCAGCUGGCCAAAGACAAGGAUACCCUCGAGAAAGCGCAGAAUGACCUCCAGGGUCUGUAUGACCUGAACAAUGCGCUCAAGUCGUCGAUGGAAGCGCGGACGCAUAGGUGGCACGAGUUUAGGAGGCAUAUCGCGUUGAGGACGAAGUUGAUUUUCCAGUACAACUUGUCGAGGCGUGGGUACUAUGGGAAGGUUAUUUUCAAGCAUAGCGAUCAGACGUUGCAGUUGAGGGUGCAAACGGACGACCAGGCUGUGCAGGGUAGUGCGGAGAAGGAUCCCAAGGUGUUGAGUGGAGGUGAAAAGUCGUUUUCGACGAUUUGUUUGUUGUUGUCACUUUGGAAUGCGAUUGGCUGUCCUUUGAGGUGUCUUGAUGAGUUUGAUGUGUUCAUGGAUGCUGUGAAUAGGCGGAUUAGUAUGAAGAUGAUGAUCGAGACUGCCUCUGCGUCGCCUGACAAGCAGUAUAUCCUUAUCACGCCUCAGGAUAUGACGAACAUCCAUAUUGGCAGUAAUGUCAAGGUGCAUAGGAUGCAGGAUCCUGAUCGGCGGCAGGGACGGUUGAGGUUUGGGGCUGCGCCUAGUAAUGAUUAG